AUGUCGAUCGGUAACGACAAAUUACAGCCCCGAAACGUCCCUCUCCCCCAGUAUGAAGCGGAAAUCGAGGCUCUGAAGAAAAGCUUUACCCAUCCUAAGAAAAGACAGGAGGAUGGAGAUGACUCGUAUAUUCUGAUCGGCCAAGCUACCAAUAUUGAGAGGUCAGGCCAUCGAUUCAUGGUCGACACACCUGGCCCCUCAGGUACCGAAAUUGAGAUUUCCGAGAUCGAGUCCUUUGGCCUGGAAGUCGGCGUGUCCGCUGAGUUCCGCCCCAGCAGCACCAUCGGCGAGAUCUGGGUUUCCAUCAACGGCAAUGUUGGCAAUUUCAGGGUGGAGUGUUUGGGUGCAUAUGCAGUUGUGCCUGUGGCCAAGUACUGGUAA